GGAAAAGAGAGAGAUGACAACCCCGCAGACGUGACGACUGACAAAAGAAACAUCAUCGCGUUUUUCCUUUCAAAUGUGCUGCUGCGAAAAAAAUAGAGAGCUCAUUUUUCGUGAAAAAUACCCAUUUUUUGGGCCAGAACUGACGUGAGCUGAAGGUACUUCGAAAAAAAAGUGAACAAAAGAAGCAAAAAAAAAUCAAGGUGAAGAAGACGGCUUACGAUUAGAGCGCAAUAUAAACCAAACCAUUAUUCGAGGGCGAUGAGUGUGGACACGUACGAUGGGGUGGUCAAUUCCCAAACGCUGACGUUCCUGGACACCGAGGAAAACGACCUGAUCGGAGCGGACACCCAGGGGACGGAUUAUGACUUUCGCGAUUUCACCAUUCCAUCGCAGAGCCAAACGUUGGCCUCGCAGUUCGACCAUUUGGGUGCCGGAGCAGGAAGCCAGCUUAACGGGUUUGGCCGUCGUCUAGGCGGUUCGGAUAAGGUGAAGGUCGCCGGAAUAACAUCGGCUAUCGGUGAGCUGCAGUUCGAGGAGGACGAAGAUGACCCGGUGGCCCAAAGUCAAGAGUUGCCACCGCAUGCUUGUCGCUACUGCGGUAUUCACGAGCCGAGCACGGUCGUCAUGUGCAACAUCUGCAAGAAGUGGUUCUGCAAUGGACGUGGCAGCACCUCGGGAUCGCAUAUCGUGAACCACCUGGUGAGGGCUAAGCAUCGUGAAGUGACGCUGCAUGGCGAUGGUCCGCUUGGAGAAACGGUGCUCGAGUGUUACUCCUGCGGCGUUAGGAAUGUGUUUGUGCUGGGAUUCAUUCCGGCCAAGGCGGAUUCGGUUGUAGUGCUGCUGUGCAGACAACCCUGUGCUGCUCAAAAUUCCAUCAAAGAUAUGAACUGGGAUCAGGAGCAAUGGAAGCCCUUGAUUGCCGAUCGAUGCUUCCUGUUUUGGUUGGUGAAGGUUCCUACCGAGCAGGAGCAACUGCGUGCUAGGCAGGUGUCGGCUGCCCAGAUUAACAAACUGGAAGAACUGUGGAAGGAGAAUGUAGAUGCGACAUUCCAAGAUUUGGAAAAGCCGGGAAUCGACAAGGAACCGGCUCAGGUUCUGUUCCGCUACGUUGACGGGUACCAAUAUCAGAACAUUUUUGGACCGUUGGUGAAGCUGGAAGCGGACUAUGACAAGCGGUUGAAGGAAAGCCAAACGCAGGAAAACAUCGAGAUUCGUUGGGAUACGGGAUUGAACCGGAAGACGAUUGCUUACUUCACACUUGCUAAAAAUGAUGGCGAUAUGAAGCUGAUGCAUGGAGAUGAGUUGCGUUUGAGAUACACCGGAGAGUUACAUAAGCCGUGGAGUUGCGUUGGACACGUCAUCAAGGUGCCGGACAAUUAUGGUGAAGAUGUUGGAUUGGAACUGAAGCAUAACCACCAGGCUCCGAUCGAGUGUACAUCAAACUUUGCAGUGGAUUUCAUUUGGAAGGGUACAUCAUUUGACCGAAUGCAAAUGGCAUUGCGCAAAUUCGCCGUUGACGAUAACAGUGUUUCGAACUACAUCUAUUCGAGACUGCUUGGCCAUGGUAGAGCAGAUGGAUCGGAUGACGUUACGUUUCGGAUCAAUAAUCUUCCGAAGCAUUUCAGCGCUCCGAAUUUACCGGAUUUGAAUCGCUCGCAAGUGUACGCAGUAAAACAUGCUCUUCAACGUCCCCUAAGCUUAAUUCAAGGACCUCCCGGUACUGGAAAGACGGUCACUUCAGCGACCAUCGUGUAUCAAUUGGUUCGCUUGAAUGGUGGUCCUGUUUUGGUGUGCGCUCCAAGUAACACUGCCGUGGAUCAAUUGACGGAGAAGAUCCAUCGCACAAGCUUGAAAGUCGUCCGAGUUUGUGCCAAGUCCCGUGAAGCUAUUGAAUCGCCUGUUAGUUUCCUGGCACUGCAUAACCAGAUUCGUAAUAUGGAACAGAACAGUGAUUUGAAGAAGCUGCAACAACUAAAGGAUGAGACAGGUGAAUUGAGUUCGUCUGAUGAGAAACGCUAUCGUUCAUUGAAGAAGCAAGCUGAGCGCGAACUUCUCGAGGCCGCAGACGUUAUCUGUUGUACCUGUGUUGGAGCUGGCGAUCCUCGUUUGCAGCGUAUCAAGUUCAGUUCCAUUCUCAUUGAUGAAUCGAUGCAGUCUACUGAACCUGAAUGCAUGGUCCCGGUCGUUCUUGGCGCCAAGCAGUUGAUUUUGGUCGGAGAUCACUGUCAGCUUGGCCCUGUUGUAAUGUGCAAGAAGGCGGCCAAGGCUGGAUUAUCGCAGAGUUUGUUUGAACGGUUGGUCGUACUGGGAAUUCGUCCAUUCCGUUUGGAAGUACAAUACCGUAUGCAUCCGGAGUUGUCACAGUUCCCUUCCAACUUUUUCUACGAAGGAAGUUUGCAGAAUGGAGUUUGUGCCGAGGAACGUAAGCUGAAGGUAGAUUUCCCAUGGCCCUCACCGGACACGCCGAUGUUUUUCCUGGUAACACAAGGGCAAGAAGAAAUCGCAGGUUCAGGAACAUCUUACCUGAAUCGUACAGAAGCAUCGAACGUAGAAAAAAUAACGACUCGCUUUUUGAAGGCUGGAGUGAAACCAGAUCAGAUCGGUAUCAUAACACCGUACGAGGGCCAGCGAGCCUACUUAGUACAGUACAUGCAGUAUCAAGGAUCGCUGCAUUCUAAGCUGUAUCAGGAGAUUGAAAUUGCUAGCGUUGACGCGUUUCAAGGCCGAGAAAAGGACAUCAUCAUUAUGUCAUGCGUUCGUUCCAAUGAACAUCAAGGAAUAGGUUUCUUGAACGAUCCAAGACGUCUCAAUGUAGCUUUGACUCGUGCCAAGUAUGGAAUAAUCAUUGUCGGCAAUCCGAAGGUUCUAUCGAAGCAGCAAUUAUGGAACCAUUUACUAAAUUUCUAUAAAGACAAAAAAGUGUUGGUCGAAGGAUCCUUGAAUAAUCUUAAGGAAUCGAUGAUCCAGUUUACGAAACCGAAAAAGAUUGUCAAUACUUUGAAUCCCGGAUCGCAUUUUAUGAACAACACCAUGUACGACGCCAAGGAUACUGGCUACUUUGAACGAGGUCAUUGUUCAGCAUUUUCCGGUAGUUCCUUUGGUAAUCCAGGUCCAAUUGGUAGCAUGAUGAAUGGACCCAGAAAUCAACCUCUAGACAUGUUUUCAAGAACUCAUGAUCCCAUCAGUUACAUCUCACCGGAUCGUGUCCAAGCGGCCAUGAACAAUAUGCCGAUACCUGUUGGAAUGUUCAUGAACAUGCCAAAUGUUCAACCACGCUAUUUCCAGCAGCAGCAAGCAGUUCAGGCUGCCAAACAAGCUCGUCGUAUUAAACCGGGUGUCAUCGGAAGCAAACCUAAACCACGCCCAAUUGGACCACCGUCCAGUCAGAUUAACACUUCUGGAGCAAUUGGCACUGGUUCGCUAACUCAAGGCAUGUCCCAAAAUAUGUCGCAGCCUGGAUUUAGUCUCUCGCAACAACCGGACUUUUCGCAGGAUUACAUGGCCGAAUAUCAGUCCCAAGUCGAUGGACUUUUGUCGCAAGACUCCAACUUUGGACCUAGCCAAUCUGCUGUGGAGCGUUUGGCAUUUGACCUGCCGCCAAAUCAGUUUUCGCAGCCGUAUUGAUAAAGGAUCAGUUGAACCAGAAUGGCGUAUUGUCCGCACAGGGAAAUCUGAAGAACGCAACAAGAGCAGCAGAAACAGCCAACAGCAAAAUCUACGUCUACGCCAAGUCACCAAUUCGCAGUUAUACCGAGUAAUGAAUAAAAACACGCAGCAAGGUAAGAGGUGAGACCUAUUACGGAACACGGCAUUAGGAGGGGGUAGGAAACCUCCCUGGCGAGUAUCCUGAUGUUAGGCCCCUCGCCACAUUCGUCGUCGUCAUCGUCGUCUUGUCGGAUCGGAAGAAAAGGCGAGGAGGAAUCUGGAAAACGAAGAACGACUCUCAUGCAACAAGCAGCAGCCACUCACUGGGACAAUUUCCCUGGAACCAUCAACAGCAACAGCAGCAGCAUCGGCAGCAAGCAGUUAGAACUCAUUUCCUGCUAUGGAAUAGUAGAGGAUCGAAUGCAACCGUGGUUCUCAGCGUGAUUCACUGUAUGUGCACCGGAAAUGCGAGUUCCUAAUCCCUGUCGGAAGGGAGCACCGUUAGCUGAACAGGUUUGGGAGAUGUUCCUGCGAUGAAUGAGUCGAGUUCUUCGAAAAUUUUAAAUUCCUAUUCUAUUGAAUCGCGAAACCAUCAGUUCUGUAUCCUUGAGUUUCUUCAGCAGAUUAUUUUUUAUUCCUUUUCGGUUACACUUCUUUUUUUUCACUGGCAAAGUGCUGUGUGGCAACCGUAUCCACAGCGUCUUCUUGGAGACAAAGAACAACCAUCUCACAUUCUUUUGCCAGUGCAAUCAAUAAACGUUAGUUUUUUUUUUUCGUUUUGGCGAAUUGUUAUAUUUUUAUAUGACUACUACUACAACAAUUACAACAGCUAGUUUGGUGAGCAUUUUUCUUUUACGCAAACCGAGAAUACGAUUUGAAAUCAACUAAUAGAACACUAAAUCAUAACAUUGAUUGGAAGAGGUGUACCUGUUUUUAGAACCCGAAACAACAAAUAUUUCCGUUUGGUCGUCCCAUUCUACAGCGUGAAUUUUUAAUGCCAACAAUCUUUCAAUUUUCCAGGUAGAGUUCAAACAUUGUAACCGGUCAUUACGCAGAAAUUACUUUACAGGUUGCUUGAAAGAAAAUAAUUACUGUUAGGUACUACCUUUUCCAAAUAAAUAGUUUCGUUCGGCAAA